UGCUGGGCUGAGUCUGCGGCCCGGCGGGAGGCGCGUGUGCCCUGGCUGAGGAGCGGCCGCUGCUGUCCGCGGCCCCGCGCGCCUGGGUCGUCGCAGGUUAAGAAAUGGCUUUUUACAAGGUGGUGAAAGGGACUGCUCUUGUUGGAGGAGGUGCUCUUGCCACUGUUUUAGGACUCUCUCAUUUUGCUCAUUACAGAAGGAAGCAAGUGAACUUGGCCUAUGUGGAAGCAGCAGAGUACUUUGCAGAACCUGUUAACAGGGAGCCUCCUUCCAGAGAAGCUCAGCUUCUGACUUUGAAGAACACUUCAGAAUUUGACGUCCUUGUGAUUGGAGGAGGAGCAACAGGCUGUGGCUGUGCAUUGGACGCUGUCACCAGAGGACUAAAAACAGCCCUUGUAGAAAGAGAUGAUUUCUCAUCAGGGACCAGCAGCAGAAGCACUAAAUUGAUCCAUGGUGGUGUGAGAUAUCUUCAGAAGGCCAUCAUGAAGUUGGAUAUUGAGCAGUAUAGGAUGGUAAAAGAAGCCCUUCAUGAGCGUGCCAACCUACUAGAAAUUGCUCCCCAUUUAUCAGCUCCACUGCCUAUAAUGCUUCCAGUUUACAAGUGGUGGCAGCUCCCUUACUACUGGGCUGGAAUCAAGCUGUAUGACCUGGUUGCAGGAAGUAAUUGCCUGAAGAGCAGUUACGUGCUUAGCAAAUCGAGAGCCCUUGAACAUUUCCCUAUGCUCCAGAAGGACAGACUGGUGGGAGCAAUUGUCUACUACGAUGGACAGCACAACGAUGCACGGAUGAACCUUGCCAUUGCUCUCACUGCUGCCAGGUAUGGGGCUGCCACAGCCAAUUACAUGGAGGUGGUGAGCUUGCUCAAGAAGACAGACCCUGAGACGGGGAAAGAGUGUGUGAGCGGAGCCCGGUGCAAGGAUGUCCUCACAGGGCAGGAAUUUGAUGUGAGAGCCAAAUGUGUUAUCAAUGCUACAGGACCUUUCACAGACACAGUUCGCAAAAUGGAUGAUAAGAAUGCUGCAGCUAUUUGCCAGCCGAGUGCGGGUGUCCAUAUUGUGAUGCCGGGUUAUUACAGCCCUGAGAGCAUGGGACUGCUUGACCCAGCCACCAGCGAUGGGCGAGUUAUUUUCUUCUUACCCUGGCAAAAGAUGACUAUUGCUGGCACUACUGAUUCUCCAACUGAUAUCACACAUCACCCCAUCCCUUCGGAAGAAGAUAUCAACUUCAUCUUAAAUGAAGUGCGCAACUACCUGAGCUGUGAUGUUGAAGUGAGAAGAGGAGAUGUCCUGGCAGCUUGGAGUGGUAUCCGUCCCCUCGUUACAGAUCCCAAGUCUGCAGACACUCAGUCCAUCUCCCGAAAUCAUGUGGUAGACAUCAGCGAGAGUGGCCUCAUCACGAUUGCAGGUGGGAAGUGGACAACUUACCGAUCUAUGGCAGAAGACACUGUGAAUGCUGCAAUCAAGUUUCACAACUUGAAAGUAGGACCUAGUAGGACAGUUGGACUUUUCCUUCAGGGAGGCAAAGAUUGGAGCCCCACACUGUAUAUUAGGCUUGUCCAGGAUUAUGGACUUGAGAGUGAGGUGGCACAACACCUUGCUGCUACCUAUGGUGACAAGGCUUUUGAGGUGGCCAAAAUGGCAAGUGUGACUGGGAAAAGGUGGCCUAUUGUUGGAGUGCGGCUGGUGUCAGAAUUUCCUUACAUUGAAGCAGAGGUGAAAUAUGGAAUUAAGGAGUAUGCCUGCACCGCUGUGGACAUGAUUUCACGCCGCACUCGCCUGGCUUUUCUCAAUGUCCAGGCUGCAGAAGAAGCCCUACCCAGGAUUGUUGAACUGAUGGGCAGAGAACUGAAUUGGGAUGAGAAGAAGAAAGAGAAAGAACUUGAAACAGCCAGAAAGUUUCUCUAUUAUGAAAUGGGCUAUAAAUCUCGAUCGGAACAGUUAACAGAUCGCUCUGAAAUUAGCCUGCUGCCUUCAGACAUUGACAGAUACAAGAAGAGAUUCCAUAAGUUUGAUGCAGACCAGAAAGGCUUUAUUACCAUUGUUGACGUUCAGCGUGUAUUAGAGAGUAUCAAUGUGCAGAUGGAUGAAAACACGCUACAUGAAAUUCUGAAUGAAGUAGACUUGAACAAAAAUGGGCAGGUUGAACUCAAUGAGUUUUUGCAGCUGAUGAGUGCUAUUCAGAAAGGCAGGGUAUCUGGAAGCCGGCUUGCUAUAUUAAUGAAAACUGCAGAAGAGAACCUCGACCGAAGAGUUCCGAUUCCUGUGGACCGUAGUUGUGGAGGAUUGUGAGUCUGACCAGUAAAUCCACAGCCAACCAAAAUAAGAACAACAAACCACCAUGCAACAACCAGAGAGGACUUAUACAACCCUAAAAUGGUGGCUGUAGUAGCUGCCUUUUUCUUUUUUUAAACACUGGAAAACAUUCCAAAAUACUAGGAUGUUGGUAUAUUUACCAACCUAACAGAAUGAAACUUUACUUAUAUUUACAAUUCAUUCUGGCUUCCAAAAAGUCUAUUUUCUCAUUUUCAGUGCACAUUGAUUUCAUAUUUUACAUCCAUUUUGUGACCUGUUAGACUCGACACCCUCCCUCCUUGAUUAUUCAUGUAUUUGUUAUAAAUCAAUUCUAGAUGCAGAAUAUUUUGGCAGAAAUGGAAGAGAGAAGCUGGAAAAAUUUGUGGCAUAAAACUAGACAUUUGAGUUUGUGGAUAGCAUUUCUUCUUAAAAAGAGUAAUCUGUUGAAAUGAUAAUCCCUUUCUUCUUUUUGCCUUCCUUUUCUAAACAGUGUUGCACAAUUUUAUAUUUUCAGUGUGACUGGUAAAACUGGAGAGGGAAGACAGCAUUUAGAUCUGGCUUAGAUCUGGGUACAAGUCUCAGAGUGCAACUCCGAGAGCGUCCGGAGUUGUAGGCAGACGAUAAGGCUAGCACCGGCAUCUCCUGGGAGUUACAGUGCUAGUUUCAUCUCUGCUUAUUUUUUUUUUCCCACAGUCUCUGCUGGUUUUUUUUAACUAUCACAGCUGCCAGGAAGAGCUUUGCUUUUCUUACUUUAUAAGAAGCAUUUUAAGUGGCAAGUUGGAGCAAAUGGAAUGAGACUGUAUCUUUCUAGUCUUUACAGCAUAAUACGUUUAAGGGUUAAGAACAUAUGUUUAUUAAAUUCACAUAUAACACAGGUUUCCAUCCCCAAAUCCUAAAUUUAGGAGCAAAUGAUAUUGUCAAACUUGGCCUUUUUACGGCAUUAUUUAUAGCAGAUAAAUGUGAGUAGAGUAGAAUAGAUGCUAAUUUUUAUUAUAUGUAAAAUAAGGUACCAUAUUUCAAUGUGAGAGGUGAAUCAUGCUGCCUAAAGUCUUUCUCCUUUUGUACUCUGUGGAAAAACUCUCAAUUGACCAAAAACAAAACAAAAACCAUAUCCAACACACUCAGACCAAAACCAAAUAUCAGUGUGCAUUGAAUUUAACAAAUAACAAGGUGAAUUAAUAGUGCCAGUUUGAAAUACUCUUGCUAUAUUUUAUCAACAUUUUAACAAGUCUUAAUAUUUAUUAAUUGUGAUUCCUAUUUUGAAGCUGCCAUUUUUGUUUUAUUUUUAAAAAUUAGAUUCUGUAUGUCAUAGUUUGAAAUAACACUUCUGAUAUAGUAGGUUUUCAUUGCACAUUGAGGUCUUAUUUUUUUAAACUAGUACCUAAAACAUUUUUGUGCUAUAAUUUAUAUUUUUGUCAACAUUGUAGAAUAUCUUCAUGCUGCACACAGGUGGGUGGUGAGCCUGUGUGUCCCAGUAGGAGCUGUGAAGGUCACCUAGCCAAGGCCCCACCUACCGCCUCUGAAACAGAAAUCACAGGAGGAAACAGUAUCUUCACUCAUUUUAUUUUUAAACCAAGUUUAGAUUCUACUUCCUAAAGAAAAUCUAAGAGUGAAUGAUACUCUCAGGUGUCACUGUGAAUUUUUUUCUUUCAAAGUGUGAAUUUUUACUUCAGCUUAAAAAAAAAAAUGGAAGCAUGUGACUUUGCAUCUUAGUGUUUUUCUACCAAGACAAUAAAUUUCACUGCUUAGACCCCCAUGAUACUAAAUAAGUAGAAGAGCUGUCCUUUAAAACAUCCAGAUUAUAUACCACAAUGUUGUAUUCUCUCUCUCUUUCUCUCUGUGUGUGUCUCUGUUUCUGUUUUUCUCUAGUUAGAUCAAGAUAACGAUGAAUUGUGUCCCCCUGGUUCUGUUACAGUAGGGACUGGGCUUACGACUCGAGUGGCUUGGGCAGAUCUGUGUUUUUAAAACAGGCCUUGUUGUGCACGUUUUGCUAUGAAUGAAGUUCCUUUAAGGACAAAGAAAAGUGCACUUAUCUAGUUUUAGUGUAUCUGCUUUUGCUUAAAACCUACAGAUUCUAAAAUCCAUACUCCUUCACCAAUCCCAGAGACUCAUUUUGGAAAUGAAAUAGUUUCCAGCCAUUCCUGUGAAUGAAGUCCUGGGCAUCAUUGUAUGACUUUUUACACCUGGAUGAUUCCUUUAUCGGAUUUAAACAAAAAGGAAAGAAGAGAAUAAGCUCCUUCAAAACCCAUUCCAGGCACAGAACAAUGCUUGUUUUCCUUUUGUAUAAACAUAAUAUUACUUGAUUCUGUUGGGUGGGUGUGCAGGGACUCCUUUUUUCACCGAGUGAUCUGUUUCAAGAGGCUUUGAGGGGAUUCAGGUGAAGGAGCCCCUAUCUGUGCUAGAGAGUUGGCGACUCUUGACUGGCUCCCACCUCGGUCAUAACAGCAGUGAUAAUGCUGGAUUAUUUGUCGAGUACAAGUUGUUUGCCCCCUAUACAUCAUGCUUAAAUGCUCUUGUUUUCAAUCAGUUUAUCUGAGUGCAACUUUAGGAUUUCUACUGUUGAAUGCAUGCUUUUUAUUGUGCAUUAGUUUCUGGCUUUGUCUGUGUAGUUUUCUCUUUUGUACCACAAAAAUUUCAGUCUGAUUUUAACUAAUAUACUGUAAGAGUCAGCAUUGAUUUUAUUUUCUUUUUAUGCAU